CCACUUUCUCUCGUUUUCUCCCAUUUUCCUCUUCGGAUUUUCUCCCUAUCCAAACACAGGCUUUCUCUCUCUCGUCGACCAUUGGAUAAGAAAAAUGCUCGCUGUGUUUGAGAAGACGGUUGCGAAGUGCCCCGAGGAGCUGCAGAGCCCGCAUUCGGCUGAGCCGGUCUGCGCUUUGAAAGACGGGUUCCUGGCGAGUCACUUCGACUCGGUUCAUCCGAAUUCCGUCACCGUUAAUCUUGGAUCCUCCGGAAUCUUUGUUUACUCGCUCGCCAAGCAGAAUCCGCUUCUUCCGAGAUUGUUUGCGGUGGUGGACGACAUUUUCUGCCUCUUCCAAGGCCACAUUGAGAACCUUGCGUUUCUGAAGCAACAAUAUGGAUUGGGGAAAGCCACAAACGAGGCAAUCAUUGUGAUUGAAGCCUAUAGAUCGCUGCGUGACCGUGGCCCUUAUCCCGCCGAUAAGGUGGUCAGAGAUUUCCAGGGGAAGUUUGCUUUUAUCCUCUUUGAUGGAUCCAACAAGACUGUUUUUGUAGCUGCUGACGAGGAGGGGAGCGUGCCGUUCUUCUGGGGAAGUGAUGGUGAAGGACAUCUUGUGCUCUCUGAUGACUCCGAGAUUGCGAAGAAAGGCUGCGUCAAAUCUCAUGCACCCUUCCCAAAAGGUUGUUACUUCACAUCUUCCGGGGGAUUGACGAGCUAUGAGCACCCGAGGAACGAGCUGAAGGCGGUGCCGAGGGUGGACAGCUCGGGAGAGUUGUGUGGAGCAACGUUCAAGGUGGAUGCAGAGGCUAAGAAAGACAGGACUGGAAUGCCUAGAGUCGGGAGUUCACAGAACUGGUCCGGACACCUCUGAACUCAACCCACGACUUCCUUUAUCUGAUUCUACGCUUUUACUGAAGUGAGAACUUCUCAAACCCUUUGUGGAUUUUCUGCCCGGUUUCUCCAUCCUUUUGAUAUUCAUCAUAUUGGAUUCUUGUCUGUUGUCUUUUACCAUUACCAUCUGGGCUAAUAAUAGCUGCCUAGUGGAAACGAAGAUAUGCUAAUGAAAAUCCCCAAAGAAAAAAAAAAGAUCUUGGAAUCCUGAAAAUAAUUUCGGGGACAUACUUUGUAGUAGCAUUUAAUUAUAUAAAAUUAGUAUC